AUGGACUUGAGGUCCAAGCUCCUUCAGAAGCUUGAAUCGCCCGAAAAGUCCUUGCAUUUGCUCCAUUUAGUGGUCCAAAACUGGAUCGUUUUUCAACGGGACUCGUUCGACUUCUUCGACGAGAAUGGAGAUCCAUUCACUACUCAGUUAUUCUUGAUCGAGAUAUCCACCGGGAAAUAUAUCCAUAGAGCGCAAGGCUUCAAAGUCGAUUUUGGGGCCACACUAGACCCGGAAAUUCUGUAUUCUAAGUUAACCGAGGCCUUUGUGGACUCCAAAGUAUGUCAAGGGUUUCCUGUGAAUUCUCAUUUAGAAACUGAGAACAAUACGUGUAUCCAAGAGUUUCCUUACAAGAGAAGUGUAGCUCAGAAAUGUCAGUAUUUGUUUAAACCUAACCUAGUGUCUAGGAACAAUUCUUUAGUGGACAGAUCCAGGUGGAUUUGCCCUGUUUGUGAAGAAGCAUGGAGUAAUAAUGGUCAAGAAAAUAAGGAAGACGUUGAAGCUGACUUGAUUGAGAUGAAUCCGAUGAAACUGGAAGUGGUGCUGGAUGAAGAGACUGAGCUGUUUCCGAAUGCCGAAGAAGAGCCCUCACUUGAGUAUCCCGAGGAGUUUGAGUUUGACUUGGAGUCAGAUGAGGAUGCCAAAGACGAUCUUCCACUCAGAAUUCGACCAACGCGCCACAAAUCCAAGAAAAGAAAGAUCAAUGAAGAUGGGGAAGAAGCGGAAGAGGAGCCAGCCAAGAAGAUAUAUUCUUGCAAUCAUUGUACAGAGACUUUUCUUACUCCGGAUGCGUAUCAAAAGCAUCAACGAGAAAAGCGAAAAGUGGGCUGUAAGGAGUGUAAGAAAGACAUAGUGACUUUUAAGCAGCUCAUUGAACAUACAGCCAAGGCUCAUCCGGACGUAGCUGAGCGAUAUGUCAAGUACGGGCAAAACACAACAGAAUUGAAGUCGCUGAAGUUACCCAAGAAGUGCUCACUGUGUGAUAUGAUUUUCAAUGGCAAUGUGUUACUUUAUCGCCAUAGAGAGCUUUAUCAUGAAUUGGGCGAGUUCAAAUGCAGCUCCUGCCAGGAGCCUUGCCUAACGUAUUACGACCUUGUUAUCCAUAAUUAUCAAAAACACGACCAGGUUUUGGAACACAUUCAACCCCAGACUUAUGGAUUGAAGGCCGUGUCUAAACCUGACGGAAAAAUCGAGUACAAACGAAUUCGAUUCGCUUGUCAGCAUUGCGACUCUAACUACACCCAAGAUAGUGGUUGGACCUUGCACAUGAGACACAAGCACUCUUGGGGACUUUUUGAGUGCAAAACAUGUGAUGAGGCGUGUCAUUACGCCACAGAUUUUUCCACACACAUGUUAACUUUUCAUCCCGACAAUCCCGAAGUGAAAUGUCCCACGCCCUCUUGCUCACACGUCUCAGAUCUCCGUGAGGAUCCGGACAGUUUCAAUUGGCACUACAAGGAGUGCCGAUGGCCUAAGAAGUGUUACAAGUACUUUCCUAAAGAAAACGUGUUUCAGUGUGAUACUUGCGGCAAGAAAUAUUCCUCCAAGAUAGCCUUUGAUGCUCAUAUCAAGCAACAUCAAGGUAUUGAGCGAUUCAAGUGCAGCCAUUGCGAUUACGGUACUAAUAUUAAGAUGAUCUUAAUCGACCAUGAAAAGAAUCACCUUCGAGACAAAGGUCUGACCAAUGCCGACACGGACCUGGUUCUGUAUCACCAAUGCGAUCAAUGUGGAAAGGAAUUUUCUCAGAAACAGACACUUCGUGACCACAUUAAACGCAUCCAUUUAGGUAUUGUAAAAGUGCGGCAAUGCAAAGAUUGCGGGCAAACUUUUCAAUCACAAUCGUCUCUCUACAUUCAUAAACGAAAGUUGCAUGGUUUUGUGAGCACACAACAAAUGAGGAGAGGCGGAAGACGUCAGAAGAAAGCGGAUAAGGAUUCCCACCUCACAUGA